CCGUGCCGAAAGCUUUUGUGAAGCCGCACCGGGAGCAACAGCAGCUCUGCCCGUUGACCCAUGAGCGGGGCUGAACAAAGAUACGGCCCGCGGAGCACCGCCGUCCCUCUGCUCCCUGUGGGGCGGGCGCACGACCGGGCGCCUGGAGCUGUAAACACCGGCGGCUUUUGCUGGAGGAGCGGUUUCUGGGACCUUAGAGCUGUGGAGGAAGUUGCACGGAGAGGCUCAGCUCAGAACCUAGCUCUGCUUUUGUGCUGAUGUGGGACUGCGACUUAGAUAUCAGCAAAGUUGUGCAGGGGAGCGCUGGAGCCUGGAAGUAAUUUACCGAGCCAGUGAGAUAAUUUUCAGUUUUCGUGUUUUAUAGUACAUGGUGUCCUAGUUUCUUCCUUUUUUUUUUUUUUUCCCUUUGACUACAUUUUGUAAGAUGAAGAACAGAAAACAAUGUAUUCAAGAUACUGAGGAUCAGACGCAUGAAGGCAUGGAAGGUGAAGAAAACGAGGAAAACUGUUCCUGUUCUGCUUUAUUGCAUGAUGGCAACACGUGCCCCAUCUGCCUGAACUGCCUUCUAGAACAAGAGAUUGGGUUUCCUGAGAACUGCAGUCAUACAUUCUGCAUGACUUGUAUUCUUAAAUGGGCUGAGACACAGGCUUCAUGUCCUAUUGAUCGGAGACCAUUUCAAGCAGUGUGCAGGCUGGAUGCAUUGGAUAGGCAGAUAAAGGUUCAGGUUACAAAACAGCUAAGGAGGAAGGAGGAAGAGGAAAACUGUGCUUGCAAUAAGGAAACUUACAGCCAUGUGAGGACGAGAAGUUUUGUGAGAAGAGCUGUAUGUCCAGACAGAGGGCAAAUAACAGUAAAAUUAAGCAGAAUUGUGAAGAAAAAAUACAGUAAUAUUUUGUAUGACAAACAAAACAAGAAAACUUUCUCUGUGAAGAUAAACAAGCCCAGAAGACAGACCUGCUGGAAUGAGUGCAUCAGAACUAAUUUCUUCAGCACACUUCUAUCUGGUGGUAGCAGUGAAGAAUCCUUUUUUAGCUGUAGAAAUGACUGUCCAGAAUUCACAGAAGUCAAUGCAGGGAUCAGACAGAAGAGACAGGAACUGGAAUUGUCCUGUUCAUCUGUGAUUGCUAGAGUUGAAAGUGUUCCUUUAAUAUCUUAUGGAGCUGAAGCUGAGACCUUUCUUCUCACUUCUUCUGCAGUGGCUGGAAGAGUUCUUCCAACAAAUAUCAGGCCUUUGGAAAACUUUGAAUCUUUAGGCAAAGGAUAUGCUGUUGCAUGUACCCAAGAAGGAGAAGAGAAAAAGGAAGCUUCUGGUUCAUCUGGCACUAGAGGAAGUAGGAGGAAAUCAGUUACUACUACUCCUACAAGAAGGUCUGCACGAAACAGCAAAAAUGAGCCUCUGAGUCAGUCUCGGAGCUCCCCUCGAUCAAGCGGUUCUGCUUGCAGUGCCCCUGGUAGCAAUAACUCAUCUCUGAGUAAAACUCAUUCAGAAGCAGGGAAUGCUCCUCCAAAGCGCAAGUCUAAAAGAGCAGUUAAACAACAAACACCUGCAGUUAAAAAGAAACUGAGAAGUUCUGCACGUUCUGAAAAAUCACCCUGUGACUCAGUGGAAGAUGAUGACAUUGCUGAGCCUGAAACAGGCCUAUCUUUAGAUAAGGACCACCAGUCAGAUAAUGAGAGCAGUAAUGCAAGCCUCCCGCAGAAGAAUAAUGUAGAAACGGAAUCUGCUAAUGGAUUGGAAAGCUGUAGUGAGCAUGCAGAAAUUGAGGAAACUACAGGAGAAUGUGAUAGAGAUGAAGAUACUUCAGGCAAUGCAGAUGUAAGUUUUUCUCUCCAAGAACCCCCAGUACUAACUUCAGGAAGUGAAAGUCAGGAAUUUGAAGUAAAAGAUGUUACAGAAGAAAAUGUAGAUCUUGCCAAUCAGGAUGAUUGUGAGAAUACUCCUGAACAAGUGGAAACAGUAGCUAGUCCCAAAGAUGAUGUAUACAACCAUGCGACUUCUGAAAAAGUAGAUCAAACAUCAUGUAGUCCUCAAAAAGAAUUAAUGGAGAACAUAGAAACUUUGACAAAAGUAGAUCAACCUAUAGCUAGUCCAGAAAAUGAAUUGUUGGAACAUCUGGAACCUUUGGGAAAAGAUCAGCCAUUAGAGAACCCUGGAAGUGAAUUGCCUGAGCAUCCUGAAGCCAUGGAAAUGGAUAAUUCUGAGACUGAACUAAAGCCAGUAGUAGACUGUGCAAAUACAAGUCCUGUUCAAAAUGAAGAACCAGAUGCAUUAAUACACAGUAUUUCUAUAGACAGUGCAUCAGAACAACCCUUAAAAGAGAAUACCAUUUCAGAAAGUGAAGAGGGUGGAACUUCAGAGUCACCCCUGGUAAAUGCUGAACAUAAACAUUUUGGUGAAGAUAACAAUGAAAUGAUACCAAUGGACUGUGACUCAUUUUGCAGUGACCAGAAUGAACCUAAGAUUGAACAGUUACCACCACCUGAAAGUACAGAGCAAGAAGAAGUGAACACCUUGCAGUGUGUGGGAAACUCUGCAUCAGGUUCUGAUGAAAAAGAUGAAACUGUUCCUCAAGAAAGAGAGUGCCAGCCAGAGGUCAGAAAAGAGAAAAAGGCUCGAACUAGAAGAUCUAGAUUUCACUCUCCAUCAACAACUUGGUCUCCUUCUGGGAGAGAGGGCAGGAAAUCUCAAUCACCAUCCCCUAAAAGGGAGACAACUGGAGACAGGAGCUCACGAUCACCCAAGAAGGUAACUGUGAGGGAGGGAAGGAGAUCCAUGUCUUGUUCUCCAAAGAGAGACACACACAGAGAUGAGAAAAAAACACCAUCUCGAUCUCCCAAAAGGGAAACUGUCAGGGAAAGCAGGAGAUCAUCUUCCCGAUCAAGAACUAAGGAUUCGUCUCCAAGGCGAAAAUCCAGGUCUCGAAGCAGUGAUAGAGAUAAUCAAAGAAGAGAUCGUGACAGAGAAAGAAGAAAUAGGAGGUGGUCUAGGUCACAGUCACGCUCUAGAUCAAGGUCACGAUCUAGGACUAGAAAUAAAAGUUCUUCAUUCUCUAGAAAUGAGAGGGAAAGUCAUUCACCUCGAUGGAAAGAGAGAUGGGCAAAUGACAGCUGGAAGAGUCCCAGAGGAAACGAUCGAUACAGGAGAAGUGAUCAAGAGAAACAGAAUGAAACUCUUAAAAAAGAGAAAGACAGUAAUACAGAAAAAAGCAAUGAAGAUCAAUGUUCUUCAGAUAAGCAGAGGAAUGACUGUCCAGACUGGGUAAUGGAGAGGAUAAACUCUGUUCCUGAAGUCAGGAACAGAGAGAGAGAGAACCCACAUUGGGAAGAGGGCAGGCACGAUAACGCAGGACAAUCUUGGAAUAAAAACUUUGGUUCAGGUUGGAUUCCGAAUCGAGGGAGAGGUCAGCGUGGCCGAGGUGGCCGUGGCCGAAGUGGUUUCAUGUAUGGAGACCAGAGUGAAAAUCACUGGCAAAACAGAAAACCUCUCUCAGGGAACUCAAAUGGUUCUGGGAAUGAAGCUUCAAGGUUCUCAGAACAGCAGCCGUACAAGCGUAAGAAUGAACAAGAGUAUUCAUUUGAUACACCCGCUGACAGGUCUGGGUGGACAUCUGCAUCCAGCUGGGCUGUGAGGAAGACUUUGCCUGCUGAUGUGCAGAAUUAUUAUUCGAGAAGGGGACGCAAUUCAUCAAGCCCACAGUCUGGAUGGGGAAUGAGACAAGAGGAGGAGACACCUGAACAAGAUCCAAACCUGAAAGACCAAGGCAACCAGCAAAGUGAUGGUUCUCAGUUACCAAUAAAUAUGAUGCAGCAACAAAUGAAUGUAAUGCCACAAGUGAAUGCACAGCACCAACCUAUGAAUAUCUUCCCGUAUCCAGUGGGUGUCCAUCCUCCCCUGAUGAAUAUGCAACGAAAUCCUUUCAACAUCCACCCUCCAAUGCCCAUGCAUCUCCCUACCGGAGUGCCUCUCAUACAGGUAGCUGCUCCCACAAAUAUUUCUCAGGGAUUACCUCCGCCUCCACCUCCACCCCCACCAUCUCAACAAGUCAACUACAUUGCUUCACAGCAAGAUGGAAAACAAUUGCAGGGUAUUCCAAAUGCUUCUCAUGUAAGUAACAGCGUGAGUGCUCCAGCUUUGCCUGCUCCAGCAGCAGUCCUGGGAAACGUGGGAACAGUUCAGGGACCAAAUUCGGGUAAUGCAACAUCAUCAGGUCACAUGAAGAGCUCUAACGCAGCUGUAAAAUUGGGAGAAAACAAAGCAAGUGUAACAGUGGAAGCCAGUGCAGAUAGCUCGAAGAAGGACCAGAAAUUGUUAAUUCAAGAAAAAGCAGCACAAGAGGUCAAGCUCGCAAUUAAACCUUUCUACCAAAACAAAGAUAUCACUAAGGAGGAAUACAAAGAAAUUGUGCGGAAAGCUGUAGAUAAAGUUUGUCAUAGCAAGAGCGGAGAAGUUAAUUCUGCAAAAGUGGCAAAUCUAGUGAAAGCGUAUGUAGACAAAUACAAGCAUUCACGGAAGAAAAAUCCUGAAGAGGCAGUCUCCUGUGAAAGGAAAUAGAAUAUGUUUUCAUUUUUUAGUUUUAUUCUAUCUGCAAAGUGCAAUUUCAAUGUGAACCGUUAACUAAAAAUUGUACAUGACAGUGAUUUGAAUUUGGUUUUGAUAAAAUUAUUUUUCAAGGUAGUGUAUAAUGUUUUGUUCUAAAGAAAUAUAGAUCUUCAGGGCAACUUCUUUAUUCCUUUUUAAAACAGAUUUCUAAAAAGAAUAAAGGUGUAAAGAAGAAUCAUUAGGAAUGUACGAUUGUGUGGAUACUUAGAUGUACAGCAUUUUGACUUGAAUAAGAGAGUGCAUUAACUUAGAACCUUUGAGUACAUUGGGUUUGGAACAGGUAUGUACAGUACAUGUGAUCAGUCAGAUUAAAGUAAAAUUUUUCUUUUGAUUGCUCCCUAAUUAUAGCAAAGGUGAAAUAAUUAAUUGCCUUGACAAAUAUUUCUAGUGUUAACUGGACAGGCUGAAUGCAGGGGUCACAAUGUGUAUAUUAAAAAAGCACAUAGAGUUGUCUGAACACAACUGUUUAGAUUUCAAAAAGAAAAGUCAUAAACAGUAAAAUGUGGUGCCCAAAAGCAUGGGUGCUGCACAGCUGUUGUAACACCAAAUAAAAAUUAUGCUGCUUGGUAUUGUUUGUGAUGUUUUUCAAUUUGUUUCAAGAUAGUGGGAUAACUUGAAUAAUUUUUAUGUGUUGAAAGCCCUCAAUCACCACACACUGCUAACCUCAGCUCAGGUUGUGCCCUUAGGCUAGCAGGAAAUUAGUGUAGUAAAGCUAGUUCAGAAACAGAAAAGUUUCUUCUUCAAGUAAAAUCAAGAAAGCUGGAAUUUAUUGUUAGGUUCCCGGUUGACCAGAGACUGCCAGUUGUGCCAGUCUCAGUUGCAUAAUAGCUUUCUCCAUUAGUUAGGGACUGCGGCAUGAAUCACCAGACUGGUAUUGGUGAGCCUGUGCCACAGGAAGCCAAGUGUUCCUGCUUCCCUGAGCCCUGGGGAGAGUUAUUAGAGGUACCACAGGCAUUCUAAAAACAGCUGUGGGGUCACUGGGUGCGCCUGGGAAAAGCUGACACCUCAGGUAAGAGCAGUUUUACUGAGGCAGCAGCAGGGAGGGUUGAUGAAAUACUGAGAUCACCAUGUGCUCCUUAGCGAAAGAACAGCUUGAGAUCCCUCUCAAAGGAGCCUUGCUCUGAUUUGUUCCCUUACUCUUACACAGUUUUAUUAAAAUCUUGUCACACAACCCUCCGGUCAUGCUGUGCCAUAACAGCCUUUGGUGUUGGCUCAGCCUGGCUUCCACUCCAGCCCAAAGCCUCCUGGCCCAGAAGCAGGAAUAAAACAUUUUAACAGAAAGCAUCAGUUGAUUUUUCUGAGAAAUUUAUCUUUGUAGCAAGUAGUUCCCAAAUUACCUGGUUUUGGCAGAAAACAGUCUCACCUUCUAAGUAACUUUUUCAGAAGCCUGAGGAUGACAUAAGGGAUAUCCACCCCUGUGUAACACACACGUAGGGUAGAGAGAUGUAAAAAUGUGGUUUGCCACAACAGUUGAUUGCUUGGUUUUAACUAUAACUUUCUGCAGACUUAAUGAAGCAUUUGAUUGUCUAUAUUUAUUUUUGUGUGCCUAAAUACAAAUGCUAUGUAAAUUAGAAACAGAUAUAAUACAUUUUCUACAGUCAAGUCAGGUUUUAGACUUUUCAGUAUACUCAGUUUUACACUAUGAUAGCAAUUUGUAAGAUCUCUUGAAUUAUUUUAAGCUAAAAUUGGUUAGCACUUUUUGAAAAAUGUAGCAAAUUGCUAUGUGUAUCCUGGUUUAUCACGCCAUGCGUACUUUAUUACAUUUUCCUUCUCUGAAUUUUUGGAUUUUAAUCACUUUUUAUAUCUUGUUCUAGUCUAUACAGUUGAGCCUUGCUAUAAAGCUCCUUUCAGGAGUAAGAUAAGUGUUUCAAGGGGGUUUUUUUCCUCUUUUGGAAGAGAGGUGGAAAUUGGAGGAGGUGGGAAGAAACAAGGGAGGAUUUGAAUUGGGAGAAGGGGAGGGGUCAUUAGUUUCUUGUUUUGCAGCUGCUGGGUGGAAGAGAAGCUGUCACUGGCUGCCACGUUGUUGGGGCAGUGACUAUAGUGAUGCUCCACUGUAUUUUAAAACCUAACGCAGAAUAGAAGAUAGAAUAGAAUGUGAUCAGUAACUUUAUUUUUUACAAUUAAAUACUUCAGAAUUUAUCAGAAAAUAUGCAGUUUGUUACAAUUUCUAUGUUGAAUUAAAGAAAUGCAUUGCCUUAAUCUGUAGACUCUGCUCCUGUUUCUCCUGAAAAGCAGCGAGGUCUCUGCUGGUGCAGCUGCCUGAGAAGGGGAGCAAUCUCGGAGUCCUGGUUGUGUUCCCAUAGAAUGGAAGGUGUAUUUCUGUUUAUUGAAACACCUUCUACUGAAACGUCCCAACGUGCACCAGCUCUGAGGGCAGAGGUGGGGAGCUGAGCCCCUGUGCUGCUUUCAUGGUAGUGGCGAUUCCUUCAAUCCAAACUGCCUUGUGGAAAUCAAUUACUAAAGUGUACCUUCUGUGAACUUAUGCAAUUCAAAAGGUUUUUCCUUGCACCCCUUCCUCUUUCUCACUGUGCAUGCUGCUUGAAUGUCUCAUUCUAAAGAUAAACCUUACAAGCACAGUGGCUGUCUGAAGUCCACAGCACUGUGUAUGUAGGCUGGAGUGCUGGCUACUGAAAAAAAUACAAUUUAGUUUCGUGUAGUGUCUAACAGUUUCUAAUAAAUUCUUUUCUCUCA